AUGGGUACCUGGGUUCGUGGGAUGGCUCUCUCCAAGAGGGAACAAGGGAGUACCAGUAUGGGAGAGGGAAAUAGCCAUCCUCUGCUUAUGGUGCUUCUGGUUGCCAUUGCCCAUGGGUGGCAUGACCUGGACAACAGUGAUUUUGACUGCUGGCCCCUGGAGAAACCUGAUGAGAUGAACAUGCUGGAUUGUGGAGGUCUAGAGAUGGCAUGGGUCCAUUGACCACCAGAGAAGGCUAUCAGUGGGGAACCUUUUAAUGUGACCUAUGCUGUCUUUGCUUCAGAUGACUUUUAUGACUAUGCUAUCAGAAAUGGAAUCCUUUCCCACAGGUAUAUUAGCAAUGCAAGUGCUGCAAAGAAAUUCUGUGAAGACGUAGAGUGCCCUGCCAACUGGAAGGAAGCAAAUGGAGAGAACUGCUGUGUCCCCCGUGCUAACAUUCAUUCUUGUCCUUUGGCUUUCAUGGGGAAAGGUGGAAUAUGCGGCCCAUGGAUCCCUGAUGAUGGACAGAUAUUUACUCACAUCAUAUCUACUGCUGGCAAAAUGACACAGAGAAACUGGACAGCCAAGGUUGUGUUAGUCCAUGUAGGUGUUACUUCUCUUAUUGCUCACAUCAGAGUUGGAAGAGGUUUGGAAGCCCAAACCACAGUACUACCUGCAACAGUAUGUGGGGAUGGCCUGUGUGAAAAGGAUGAGGGGUGUUCCAUAUGCCCAGUGGACUGUGGGGAAUGCCCACUUACUACAGAUGUCUGGGUAGCCAUUGUUUUGCCAAGCUGUUUAGUUUGUACUGCUUUCGUUCUGAUAAUCAUGCGGUUUCAGUAUCAGAAGCAAAAGAUGUUUUGGGAUAAAAGUUGGACUACAGAUUUCACCUGCAUCAAACAAGGUACAACAAUUCCUAGUUAUGGUGUUAGCAGGAGCCCCAGUGAUGGAAAGAUUGUAGCCAUCAAGAAAAUAAUGAAGAAGACAUUUAUUCUCUCCAAGAUAAUACGUAAAGAAGUGAAGCAAGUAAGAGAACUGGAUCAUCCAAAUAUUUGCAAAUUUGUUGGAGGCUGCAUUGAAGAACCUAACAUUGCCAUUGUGACUGAGUACUGUCCAAAGGGAAGUUUGAAUGAUGUUCUGUUCAAUGAGGACAUUCCUAUCAACUGGGGCUUCAGGUUUUCUUUUGCUACAGACAUUGCCCAGGGGAUGGCUUAUCUCCAUCAGCACAAGAUAUUCCAUGGAUGUCUGAAGUCUACCAACUGUGUGAUUGAUGACCGAUGGGUAUGCAAAAUUUCAGACUUCGGAUUAAAGUCAUGCAGAAUGGAAGAUUUGCCUGAAGGUUUUAAUUCAUAUCGACAGCACCUGAGGCAGAUAUACCUGGCUCCAGAAGCUCAUUUAGUGCCAAAUUGGGAACCAACUGCAUUGGGAGAUGUUUACACCUAUGCCAUCAUUUUAUUGGAGAUCGCCACAAGAAAUGACCCAGCACAGAAAGAAGAAUCUCAUUCAAUGGAGUAGACCUUGUGCCUUCCUUUACAAGAAUUAAUUACUGACAAGUCAGAAAAUUCCUGCCCUUGUCCCUCAGAGUAUGUGGAGCUAAUCAGAAAGUGCAGGAAAAAUAACCCAUCUCAAAGACCGAUAUUUGAACAAAUCAAGAAGCUUCUUUACAAGAUGAAUGCCAACAAAGUUAGUCCAGUGGACAUGAUGAUGACUUUGAUGGAGAAGUAUAGUAAACACCUAGAAGCACUGGUGCUUGAAAGAACCCAGGAUCUAAUGCAUGAAAAACAAAAGACUGAUCGUUUGCUGUAUAGCAUGUUACCCAAACAAAUUGCAGAUGACUUAAGACAAGGCAAACCCCCACAAGCCCAAAGUUACAUAAGUGCGACCAUCUUUUUCAGUGAUACUGUUGGCUUCACUCAGUUAUCUAGCACCAGCACACCAUAUCACGUAGUAGAGUUCCUCAACAAGCUGUACAUUACCUUUGAUGAUAUUAUUGAUAGCUAUGAUGUCUACAAAGUGGAGACAAUAGGAGAUGCAUACAUGGUCGUAUCAGGAGUGCCCAAAAUGAAUGGCAUUCUCCAUGCUGGGCAAAUAGCUAGCAUGGCACUGGAUCUGGUGGCUAUCUGCAAGACAUUUAAGAUUCCUCACAAGCUCAAUGUCCCGCUGAUGAUAAGAGCUGGGAUCCAUUCAGGGCCAGUGGUUGCUGGAGUUGUUAGAACCCAAAUGCCCCGAUACUGUUUAUUUGGAGACACUGUGAAUACAGCUUCUCAAAUGGAGUCAACAAGUGAAGCUCUUCAAAUCCAGUGUAGUUCCAGUACCUACCAACUGUUAGAGCAAAUUGGAGACUAUACGUUGGUCUGCUGUGGAAACUUGCAGGUCAAGGGGAAAGGAACAAUGGUCACCUAUUGGUUACAAGGAAAGAAGUCUACUGCAACCCCAGACGGAACCUCCAGCAGCACUGCCAGCAUUCAAGACCCAGAAAGGAACACUUUUAACUUGAUUCCAGGCGUCUUAACUGUUGAGCCCCUCUCCAGUCCAGCUUAA